CUGUCUUAUAAAGAAUGUAUAUAGAAUGUAUAUGUAGGAACUGUUGCAUUUUGAAAUUGUCAUAAAAAUUCUUUACAGUUAUAAUUUCAAUGAAUUUAUUUUAAUAGCGAGACUUUCAAUAAACCUUUAAUGAUGUUAAAGCCCAAAAUUAGAGUUAAUGUUUGUGGCAUUUGCAACAAAGUAUUCUUCAAACAGUGUCGUCUCACACAGCACUAUAAUAAACAUAUCGGCGUAGCUCGCUUUCUUUGUAAUUUCUGCAAUGCAGGAUUUCAGCUUCUGAAUAAUUUAGAAAUUCAUGAGCGUAGAAAACAUCCAGAAAGCAGUUUCAAUAAUCAAAUUAGGAAACGAAAAACAGAGACUAUAUAUCGUCGUUGUGAGAUGUGUAGUAAGUUUUUUGUUCUUUUAUUUGAAUAUGAGCAGCAUUAUCUCUCUCAUUUGAUUGAUGCAAGCUAUGAGUGUGAUGUAUGCAAAGCAAAAUUUUUAGAUGAGAAACAAAUGUUAGAUCAUAAAAACAAUGAGCAUAAAUUUGGUCUUGUAGAAAAGGGAUAUUUAGCAUUGAAAAUGAGUGGAAAGCGUUAUUUUUGCAAUAUAUGUAGUUUAGGUUUUUAUCAAAAGAUUGAUUUACAGAUGCAUUACAUGUCUCAUAAGCCUCAAGGAGAAUAUAUUUGUGAUGCCUGUGAACAGUGUUUUGUAAACGAGAAUUUAUUGCAACAGCAUUACUUACAGCAUAUUGAAGAAUAUUAUGUAUUGCAUAGUAUUAUUUCAUCAUUUUCUUGCAAUCUCUGUGGAAAGAAAUUUUAUUCUGAGGCAGAAUUAUUAAUACACCGUCCUUGUGAAAAGGAUAAUAUAGUCACUCCUAAAAUUGAUGAGUUCACAUCUUGUGCAAAUGAUGAUCAUAAUAAUCCAGGUAUGAACCAAAUGUCUCUUGUGCAAUUUACUGAUGAUGCACAAAAUAUCAUAGUGUCUCAUGUAAAAUGUAAUAAAAAUAUUUUUGAUAAUGAUAUUUCUUCCAUGUCAGAUUCUGUUGAUUCUAACGUAGGCCAAAUUAAUAUUGAAGAGUCUGCAAAUACUUUUCCAGAUGUUACAUCUGUAGAUAAUUCAAUACUAGAAUUAUCUCAUUCCACAGAAAAAGCGAGCAACUCAGGAAACAAUAAAACAGAUAAUACAAAUUCUAUUACCAAUUUCUCUUCAGAAAAUAAUAAUGUAUGUGUGUAUUAUGGUGAUAACAUUGUGAUAUAUGACUGUGACGUGUCUGACUGCGUGGUUUCCCAUAUAAAUGAUGAUGUGGAACGAGUUGAAGUUCAACCGAUGAAUGAUAGUAAUUCUAAAAACUCUUUUCAAUCUGAGGGAAAAAGUAAUACUUUUGAGGUCAAGGAUGCUACAGAUAAUGAAAAAAAUGAAACAGUUUCUUCACGCAAUGUUAAAUCUAUUACUGUUUAUGUUCAGAACAAUGACAGUCAAGAAACUGAAAUAUCAGGUAAUAAUAUUGAAACUUGUGUAUCAGGAGCUAAAAGUUCUAUAUUGCAUGGAAAUGUUACCACACAUGAUUCUGAGGCUUUAGAUAUAAAACCAAACAAUGCAGAAGACAGUUUUAAACUAAAUCAAGAAACUAAAUCAUAUGUUGUGGACACUUUUACGGAAGAAGAAAAUGAUGACAACAAAUUUACUUCAAAUUUAAGCUCACGAAUAAGGCGUAAAAUAUAUAAAUGUGAUGUUUGUAAUAAAACUGUUACCUCUAAAGCAAUAUUAAAAACCCAUAGAGAUGCUCAUAUUGGUAUUGGAACUCAUGUUUGUUCAAUUUGCAAGAGAAUUUAUGCUUCAAAAACAUCAUUACGUGUCCAUAAACAAAAUCAUUCAGAAAUAAUUUAUACUUGUGGUUUUUGUCAUAAAUCAUAUCAUCAUAGAUACAUUUUACUCAUACAUGAGCGUAAUAAGCAUGGUAAAAGUAAGCCAUAUGAAUGUGAUGCAUGUGGUAAAAGAUUUGCUACGAGGCAAAACCUCAAAAGACAUCUCAUCAUGCACACUGGAGAAAAACCAUUUGCUUGUGAUAAGUGCUCAAAACAAUAUACUACAAAAGUUGGACUGCAGAUGCACUAUUCUGUACAUGUAAGCAAUGAAACGUAUACUUGUGAAGUAUGUGAUAGAAAAUUCAUUUCGGAAUUAAAAAUGAAGAGACAUUAUAAAACACAUUUUAAGAAAAAUAAAGAGAGGUAUAGCUGUGAAAUCUGUAAAACUGGAUUUGAUGAUGAAAAUUCUUUAGCAGAACAUAUUCUUUGUCAUGCAAAUGAAAAGAUUCAUAUUUGUAAUGUAUGUCAAAAAGGACAUUCCUCCAUUGAACUUUUAGAAAAUCAUAAAGAAACAUGCCACAGAAACUAAUUUACUGAAUUAAAAUUUAGAUUAUUUUUUCUUCUGAAGAAUAACGUAAAAGGAAUUUUACCGUCUAUCCUUAUAUCUUUAGUGCUUUGUCAUGCUGCUUAAUCAGGGACUGAUUUACUAAAGUGGAAGGCCUUAAUGUAAGCCACUUUUUUUUUUUUUAAGUCUAGAAAGUAUCAUAUUAAUAUACACUGUGUAAAAUAUUUUAUGAAAUAACUCAGUAAUACAGUAUUUUUAAAGUUAUAUAAACAAAAAUUAUAUG